GUUCAACUUGUGGUUGGAGGCGAGAGACCAAAGUUCCACUCAGCUGUCCACUUUUCAGAAGCUGACUGUUGUUGUUGAAGAUGAGAAUGACAACGCACCAAUGUUUUCCAAAUCUCUUUUUACAGCACAAAUAGAUGAGAAUUGCGUAGUUGGAACAAAAGUAAUGCAGGUGAUGGCCUCUGAUGUCGACUCGGGAAGUAACCAGCAACUAGUUUAUACUAUUAAGAGUGGUAACGAAAACAACACAUUUGCUGUGAACAGUAGCACAGGCUUGGUGACCACCAUCAACCCAUCGGUGGACAGGGAGAAAAUUGCAUUCUACAACCUGGAGAUUGAAGCAUCUGACAUGGGUACUCCAAGGCAGUCAGCUACUACCACUCUCCGCAUCACCAUCAGAGACUUGAAUGACAACCAGCCAACAUUUACAGGUUCACGUAGUGUUGCUGUACCUGAGGAUCUUCCCAUUGGCUCUUUGAUCAUGCAGCUAACUACAAAUGACCUUGACAUUGGGGAUAAUGCUAAAGCCAACUUCAGUUUUGAGCACAUAAAUGAUGCCUUUUUUCCAUUUGCAAUCAACUCCAGCACUGGAAGCAUCACAAACAUUCAGCACCUAGAUGCAGAAGUUGUUUUGAGGUAUUCUGUAACUGUCACUGUUACAGAUGGAUCCUUCAUUCAGAGAACACCCCUGGUAAUCCGAGUUCUGGAUGUAAAUGACAAUCCACCAAAGUUCCAAAAUUCGAUCUUAGUAUUCAACUUCACAGAACUGCAACCACCAAACACAAAAGUUGCACAGCUUUCUGCUGUAGAUCAAGACAGGUCCAUUCCAAAUAGCAAGUUUUUCUUUUCCUUGAAACGGCCAUCGUCAAUGUUUGAGCUUACUCCUGAAACAGGAGAGAUAACCGCUCUGGAAACUAUGCAUUUUUUUGGCGGUGAGCCAUUUGUUGCCAGUAUGAAUGAGCACAUUGUGGAUGUCCUUGUGACAGAUUUAGGUAUACCAUCAUUAUCAUCGGUAGCUUCAGUUGUUGUUAGAAUCAUCGAUGCAAAUGACCACGCCCCAGUCUUUGAACAAGAUUUUUAUUUCUCAGCUGUCCCCAAAACUCUACAGCCAUCUCAGAAGAUAAUUCAAGUUGUAGCCAAAGACAAAAUGGACUUUGGGAAGAAUGCAGAUGUUGUUUAUGAAAUUAUAGGGGGGAACGGAUUGCCUUAUUUCUCAGUUAACACCACUACAGGAGAUAUAUUCCCCAAAGUGCUCCUUUCAGAGCAUGUCAAUAAAAGAUUUGUGCUGAUGAUCAAAGCCAGAGACAGUGGAGUUCCAACGAUGUCAUCCAACGCAACAGUGGAGUUUGACAUCACUGAGGUUAACAAUUAUUCUCCUCAGUUCAACAGCAACCGCUUCCAGAAACAGAUCAGGGAGGAUGUGGCCGAGGGGCACAUCAUCGAUACCAUCACUGCCACGGACAGCGACCAGGGUCUGAAUGGAGAAAUUGGAUACUUCAUUACUGCCGGAAAUGAUGCUGGGCUGUUUUCUAUUAAUGUGACUGAUGGUGUGCUAGUUGUAAAAGGCAAGCUUGAUUAUGAAACUAAAACAUCAUACAACAUAACAGUCACAGCUAGAGACAAGGCCUUGUUCUUCAAAGAGGUUUCCAAAGACUAUGAAAUCAUCCUUCUGGAUGUUAAUGAUAACAAACCUGCAUUUGACAAGGAUUACUAUGAUGCAUAUGUCGAAGAAAAUUCCCAGCCAAACACUGCUGUGUUCACAGUCUCAGCCACUGAUGCUGACACCUUAUACAGCAACACAGAAAUCUGCUAUUCUCUUGUUGGUGACACAAACUCCAAGACCUUCUUCACAAUUAAUCAGAAAACUGGUGACAUCAGCUCACUGAACACAGUGUUUGACUAUGAACAGAGAGCAUUGUACACGCUUCUUGUUAUGGCUUUCAACCCAGAAAAAGGCAACUGUGAAUCUGCACUCUUGAAGUCCGUGACCACUGUCUAUGUUCACAUUACAGGAGAAAAUGAAGACAGACCUCAGUUUGUAAAGAAAACUUACAACUUUCAGGUCAAUGAAUCUGCACCAAUGGGGACUUCUGUAGGUCAAGUCAAGGCUUUGGAUAAUGAUGCUGGAAUUGAUGGCAUAGUGUAUUACUAUUUAGAAGGUCAAAGCAACCUUCGAGGUUUCUCUAUUGAACCUGUCACGGGACUUGUCAAGGUGUCCAAGAGGCCAGACUACGAGUCAUCCCCUUAUAUUGUUCUCACAGUCAUCGCAAAAAACUGGGGCAGUGUGAAAGGCAAUGACACAGACACGUGUACAGUCAAUGUCACCAUCCUGGAUGCCAAUGAUCCACCAGAGUUCAGCAAAGCCAUUUAUCAAGCAAAUAUCACAGAGAACUCUGCAGGCCAUACUUCAGUCAUCACAGUUUAUGCUGAAGACAAAGACAUCAGACCGGAAAACAGGGGUUUCUCCUAUGAAAUCAUCGGUGGCAACGAGCAAGGAAAGUUCCACAUGACUGCAGCAGGCAAGGUAGAAACAACUGGCACAGGCGUCCUCGACAGGGAAUCUGUGGCUACAUAUACACUGGUUGUUGGUGCCAGAGAUACCCAUGAUCCCAAGAUACUUGGGUCAUCUACAGUAGUGGUAGAACUCACAGAUGUCAAUGAUAAUGGACCCAAGUUUGACCCCAGCCAUCUCCGAGCCAAUAUCUCUGAGAACGAGACAGCAGGACAAACGGUUGUUAUAUUAAAGGACUACACCAUUGAUGCUGAUCUCCCUCCAAAUCAGGGCCCGUACACGUACCAAAUGCUCACUGGUCGAGUGGAGACCAAGCAGAUCCUCAACAGAGAAGCUCAUUCACAGUUUAUUAUCUCUGUUGUUGUGGCCGACAAUGGGUUGCCAAAAAUGACCUCAACUUUGAGUUUUACAGUUGUGGUGAAUGAUAUCAACAACUCCCAACCUAGUCCUCGACCUCUGACAGUUUUUGUGACUCAUUUGGAAAAUAUGAGAGUAUUUGGCAGAAUUGCAGAAGUACAUCCAUUAGAUCUAGACCUGACUGGCAAAUACAGUUGCAGCCUUGUUAAUGGUGAUCAGACUCCAUUCGCCAUCAGCAAAGGCUGUGAUCUUGAAGUGGUAGAUGAUCUACCGGACUCCACAUACACUCUGAUAGUUCAGGGGUCAGACGAGAAGUUCCCAUCUGUGACCUACAACGUGACCGUUGUAGUGGAGACCAUUACCAACAAAACUUUAGUCAACUCUGUAGCUGUGAUUUUGAGCAAUGAACGAGCAUCAAGCUUCCUGGAGAAGAAGUUUCAGCUUUUCAAACGUCACGUUCAGGAAGCUUUUGGGAUAUCUUUUCAGUGUAAAAUUUUCAGUCUUAAAGAAGUUAACGGAGCCCUUUAUGUAAUGUUGUAUGUCCAUGAUAAAGAGCAAAGGAUUCUGAGUAGCAGAGAUAUCAACCGAGGCUUAACCGCUGCUAAAGAUGCAGUGGAGAAUAGUGCUGAUGUCAGAAUUCAGACAGUUGCUGCAAGCCGUUGCGGUGUCAACCCUUGUUAUAAUGGCGGAAGUUGUUCAACAAUUGUGCUCCUUCUUAAUGGCACCUCCAUCUUUGAGUCAUCUGCAGUGAUCAUGACCUCACCAAUUUCAGAUCUGGGAACCUCUUGCUUCUGUAGUCCAGCAUACACUGGACAGUACUGCCAGCAGCAGCAGCAGCUGUGUGGUGCUGACUAUUGUGCCAAUGGAGGAGUGUGUACUGGUACUUCUUGCCAGUGUCCUGAUGAGUGGGUAGGGAACUUCUGCCAGACAGAUGUCAAUGAAUGCCAAACCAGUUCCCCAUGUAAAAAUGGGGCCACGUGUCGCAACACAAAGGGCUCGUUUAUCUGUGAAUGUGCCACAGGUUACCAUGGACCCUACUGUGACUCACAGAACUACUGCACCAACCAGCCGUGUUCACAACAUGGAAAGUGUCAGGAAUUGCCAGAUUCUUUCCAAUGCAUUUGUGAUUAUGGUUACCAUGGAUCCAGUUGCCAGUUUUCCAGCAUGUCCUUUGAGAAGGGUUCUUAUGCACAAUUCCAGCCGGUGAACAACUACCAAGCUCUAAACAUGACCUUGUAUUUUGCCACAGUUGAAAGCAAUGCCUUGUUGAUGUUUAGCCCCAUCAUCAUUAAAGAUUCAGAUAAAGGUUUUAUUGCCAUGGAGAUUGUCAGUUCCAGAUUAAAAGUCUCUUUUCUGAUGGAAUCUCGAAAAAGUGGACAAAUGACCAGAGUUAUCACAGUAAGCCCUAUGAUGUCAGUAACUAAUGGAUACUGGUAUAGAGCAGACUUUGUGAAAUCAUCUACGAUUGCCACUCUUGUGGUUCAGAAGUGUUCAGAAUCCAUCUGUGAGCCCUGCUCUGAUUAUCGAUCUGACUGUUACAAUGAGUCUAAAUUUGUUUCAGAAAACCCGCCUGUACAAGGCCAGUAUGUCAGCAUCGGAGGAAUCAGAAAUUUUGCAGACAUUCUGUACCACAAUGGACACAUUUCAACGCAUGAUUUCCGGGGAUGUUUGCACAGUGUGACCAUUAAUGGCAGGUCAUUUGUGGUCAAUCGUCUUGACCCUGGGUCUAAUGCACCCGAAGACAUGUACAAUGUCACUGAGACAUGUCCAAGGACAAAGCCGACAAACUUAUGCAGUGAAGAUGAGCAUGUAUGUUACAACAAUGGUGUCUGUGUGGACAGCUGGUCACACAUUUCCUGUAGAUGCCCCAGUGAAUAUAUGGAUGAUGUCUGCCUGAUCAAAAACCAACCUUUCACCUUAGGAAGCAAUGCUGUGGUCAGGUACAGUCUCCGUCCCAGUUAUGUCAGAGACGUGAAACUGGCCAGUUUGGUUUCUGAAAUAUCUAGAAGACGAAGAGCUACCGGUGACUCCACAGUGAUGCUAAGGUUUAGAACAAAGUCUGAUCAGGGAGUGUUGUUUAGGACACAUACGGACAUGAUCAGUUGUGUGUUGUGG